AUGGUUGCUAACCUCUGGGUGCAAAUGAGAGCAGAGAACACGGAAGAAACCAUGAACCGGGAUCCUAUGUAUCGCAAGGAGGGCCGCGCAUUAGGCGUCGUCUUCGAAAAUGUCACUGUUAUUGGUGUUGCCGCUGGAGUUGAUGGUAUCAUGACUCUUCCAGCCAUGAUCAACAAGAUAGUUCAAUGGCCUGUGACAGUCCUGACUCAAAUGACUGGGAAAAGAAAAACGCUAACUACCCAGAUUAUUCGCGAUGCUAACGGAGUGGUCUUCCCUGGCGAAUUAAUGCUAGUUCUGGGAAGAUCUGGCGCCGGCUGUAUAACCCUGCUCAAGACUUUGGCUAACAGUCAGGGGUCAUUUCUGGAAGUACAGGGUCAAUUGGCAUAUGCUGGUCUUUCGGGCAAAGAGAUGGCACAUCGAUAUCGGUCUGAGGUAGUCUAUGCAAAUGAGGAAGACUUCCACUUCUCUACUCUGACAGUUAAAAACACUAUGGAGUUUGCCCUCUGGCUGCGGAAGCCCGCAAACGAAACGCGCUCGGACUCGGACUUUGCCCGCGAAAAUAUUGAUGUCUUUCUAGGUUCUGUUGGGCUAUCACACACCGCUGACAUGAUUAUGAUCCCAGAUUUCCUGAUCUCCGUCACUUCGCCAGCUGAUUGUCUCAUUCGAAAGGAUGCUGCAGGAAUUGUCCCGACUGAUUCUGAUCAAUUGGCCGCAGCUUUCCGCAAGAGCCCCGAGUACCAGGAGCUUCGGAAGGAGAUAGAAGCAUAUCAUACCCAGGUUGGUAAGAACAGCCGGUUGAUACAGGAAUUCCGGGACAAUGUACAGCAGAUUUGCUCCUGCUGGGUAUCCAAGCUCGCGAUUGUACCUAACCCACUCCCGAAGCAGAUUUGGAUCAUGAUACUCCGAUACUACCAGUUGUUAUGGGGCGACAAGCGGACCUUUUUGAUCAUACUGGCCUUUGUCGUCUUGAAUGCUGUGAUAAAUGGGCCGGCGUACUAUAUGGCUCCGAAGGAUGAGACAGGGUCUUAUGAGAAGAGCAGUGCCUUGUUCUUUGCUCUUAUAUAUUUCUAUCUCAAUGCUUUGACCGAGGUUGUCACGACUGUCAAAUCUCGGAGCAUUCUUCUGAAGCAAGCUCAGUACGGCUUCCUUCACCCUAGUGCAUUUGUGAUUGCGCGAGCAAUCGCAGACAUACCUAUUGCUUUCUUCCAGUGUCUCGUUUUCUCGUGCCUCUACUACUUCAGCAUUGACCUGCAAUGCACGGCAUCCGCAUUCUGGAUAUUUGUCCUCAUUGUGUUCGCUUAUUAUACUGCUGUACAAAGUUUGUUCCGUAGUGCCAUCCCCGUUGGUCUGCUUUACUCGGGGUUCGGACCUGGCCGGCCAACACAGCAUCGGUGGGGUUCGUGGCUACGUCGCGCAUCGCCAUCGCCCUAUGCUCUUGAGGCACUGAUGGGUAAUGAGUUUACUGGUAUUAAUUUGACGUGCUCAGAAAGCGAAAUGGUCCUUAUAACGGGCAGUCUGAAGGCCCACGAUCCCGUUGCCGGCUCGGUAUAUUUGGUAGAUUACUUUGGCUACACCCGCGACCAUCUAUGGCGCAAUUUCGGCAUCAUCAUGGUUCUCUGGUUCCUCUACACCGUAUUGGGUAGCAUUGGACUCACCGUCAUGACCCGCGAAUCUGGGGGAUCGCAGAGCCGUAUCUUCAAGUCGUCCAAGCAACGUGACGAGGAGAGCUUGCCCAAGUCGGCUGCAAGCUCCUCGUCCGCUACGCAGACGAUCUGCGAAGAUUCCCAACCUGACGGUAUGAGAAUCGAAGGUGCCCCGGACAGCAAUUUUACCUUUACCGAUGUCAGCUACACUGUCGCACACGAUGGUGAAGACAAGCAGUUGCUGCACAAAGUGAGUGGGUAUGCCCGCCCCGGGCAGCUGACAGCCCUGAUGGGUGCCUCGGGAGCUGGCAAGACUACCCUGCUGGACACGCUUGCGCAGCGCAAGAGAACCGGCAAGAUUGAAGGAACUUUUCGACUUAAUGGUGAAAUGUUGGAUGAGUCCUUCGAGCGCUCAUGUGGAUUUGUAAUGCAGCAGGAUAUUCAUGAACCGUUCGCCACCGUACGCGAGGCAUUGGAAUUUUCGGCACACUUGCGCCAGCCCGCGCACAUCUCAAACGAGGAUAAGAUGGCCUACGUCGAGCAUAUUAUUCAUCUUCUUGACCUCGAGAAUAUUGCAGAGGCAUUGGUAGGCCAGCCGGGAGAUGGACAGCUUAGCGUCGAAGAGCGUAAGCGUGUCACUAUUGGAGUCGAACUUGCGGCACGGCCUAGUUCGCUCUUGUUCCUCGAUGAGCCUACUUCCGGACUUGACAGCCAGGCCUCAUUUGAGCUCGUGCUCUUCUUGCGUCGUAUUGCAGCUGAAGGUAUCCCUGUCUUGUGCACAAUUCACCAGCCGUCCGGUGUGCUUUUUGAUAUGUUCGACCAAGUUCUGCUCCUCGCCCCAGGAGGCCGGACCGUCUACUUUGGCGAGACGGGUGAAAAUUCCUCAAAAGUGGUCGAUUAUUUCGGGCGUCAUGAUGCUACAAUUGGCAGCGACACUAACCCCGCUGAAUUCAUCCUCUCGACUGUCACGUCCAAGAACGAAGGCUCGCUGGACUGGCCGGCUAUAUGGCGUGCCUCCGCUGAAAACCAAGCCCUGGAAGCAACUAUUACGCAGCUUAACUCCACCGUCGCCAGUAAGGAGACAAAGAUCAACCCUUCGCAGCUUUACGCAUCCUCCUCGCAGAACAAAUACGCUCUAUCCCUCUUGGCCCAGACCAUCGCAGACACCAAGCGCCACUGGAUUUCUGUCUGGCGGGACGGGAUGUACAACUUCAGCAAAAUAGCCAAGUCCCUCUUCGUCUCCAUGUUCAUAGCCUUCAGUUUCUUCCACGCCGGAUACACCCUCCAAGGUCUACAAAACCAGAUGAUCGCCCUGCUCCUACUCUCCUGGAUUAUCCCCACCACCUGCGCCGAUCUCCAGGACCUCUGGUUCCGCAAAUGGGCCAUCUUCACAGCCCGAGAGCAGAACGGUAUCUACGACUGGCGCGCACUUCUUACCGCGUUGAUUGUUGUCGAAAUACCGUGGCAGCUGUUCACCUAUACAUUGGUCUACCUAGCCACCUACUGGACCGUGGGCUAUCCAAACGAAACCCCUAUUGCCGGACUCUACUACUUCAUGUGGAUCCUCCUCGGUAUUUUCGGAACCGGAUACUCCCACCUCCUAGCUGCGCUCUUCCCAUCCGCAACUCUAGGCGGGUACGCUAAUUCCCUCUUCUGGGUCGUCCUUAUGAUUGUUUCUGGAGUCUUGACUCCUCAUGCAUACCUGAACGAUUUCUACCGCCCCUGGCUGUUUUGGAUCGAUCCCAUGCGCUACUUCUUCGGCGCUUCGCUCGGUUCGGUCCUUCACGGCGUUGCGGUUGAGUGUUCCUCGAGUGAUCUCGUCGUAUUUGAUGCUCCUCCAGGCAGUACUUGUGGCCAGUAUGCGGCGGCCUUCUUGGGGAGUAACCCAGGCUACAUCGUUAAUCCGAACGCGACGGCAGAUUGCUCGUAUUGUCCGUAUUCGGUCGGUGAUGAGUAUCUGGACACGUUGGAUUAUUCGUAUGGGCAGCGCUGGUGGAAUUGGGCGGUUUUUGUGGGCUUUUGCUGUACGAACUUUAUGUUGGUUUAUGUGGUGGUGUGAUUCACUAAGGGGAGGGGGCAGAGACGUGCUUGAGGGGUUAAGCGGGGAGAUGGAUUUGAUGUAUGAUAGAAUUUAAAAUGCGAAGACGGAUGCUGGAGUAGUUAGGGAUUGUCAUUCAAUGAUCUACAAAUUGUCAAAAACACUAGCAAG